AGAGAGAGAGAGAGAGAGAGAGAGAGAGAGAGAGAGAGAGUGUGUGUGGUGCAGAGACGUGCACUGCAGUCACAUUCAGGUCAGUAUGACUUGGGCAAGAAUCUGUGACUGAUUGACACAGGACAGCAGGGAGACUGUGCUCGGACUUCUAUAUCAAAAAUAGGAUAUUGAAGUGUGUGUGUCUCGGUAGGAGCGGUGUUUCUACUUUUAGGCAAGAGGAGCAAAUAAGCCCUUAAGAGUGAUGUAGUAUAGAAGGGGGCUGUAUAUUCACUGCUGUGAGAAUUUAUACAAACUGCAGGACUUUCUCAAUAUGAAAACAACUGGAUACAUGUAAGAUACAUGUGGAAUGUAGUCACUGUUUUAUUUUUCCAUUAAUUAAUUUAUUUACACCCCACCACUGCCCCACCCCUCCUCCCUCACCCCCUCCACAGUCCCACUCUCCAUCUUUCCCUUCUCCUGUGAGAGGGUGGAGCUCCAACCCCCCACAGCAUGAACUAUUUUAAUUAUAGAGGAGUUACAGAAAAUUUCCCCAUUUCCUGAGGAAAAGCAUACAAUGGGAACAGCACACACUGUCAUGUAUUUUGGUAAGAACCAAUCCAUCCGUGCUCAAGAACCUGAAGUCUGAGGUGGAAGGUUAACCCAGGUUUGCAUAUUGUCCUAGAACACUGUUGCUUUUUAUUACACUGAAAAUCUUCAAACAGGAUGAAAUCUCUUCCUAUCUUCAUAGAAUAUGAGGGAAACAAACUUAUCACAGCAAAUAUCUUCAUAUCUAGGUGUAUGUACAGAGUUGUUGGUGGAGGGGUCUUGCUAUGUUACCCAUGCUGGCCUUGAACUCAUCUCAACCUUCCUAAUAGCCUCUGGAGUGCUGUAACUAAGGCACUUAAUUGAACAUGUAUACUUAUUUUAAAAAGCACACUUUUCUCCCUUUGGAAAACUGGUAAAUGUCAACAUGCUACUGAUAAAAAGCUACAAGUAAUUUUAAUAUUUUUGUUUGUACGUAUAGAGUUAUGUGUCCACCUUUAUUGGUUGCAGGAUAAUAUCAUGUGGCUCUUGGUAAACUGUUUUCACAGACCAUGGAAGCCCCAGGGCUGUGACAGUGCACUCUGUUCCUCCAUUUGCACUGCAGCGUUCCGGUUAGAAUGUGUUGGAGAAAGCUGUCCACAGAGCAGCUGUGAAAACUUAGAGGCCACCCUCAAGAUCGGGGCUGUUGACAUUCUCGUACAGAGGAGGGGAUGGGAGGGUCAUCAGACUCUCAUCUGACAUCUUAGGCAUCUUCUCCUGAGCUUUCCAACGAGCUCUACAUAACCCUGCAUUAACUAUAUGGUAGGUACCUCAUGAGGUGCUAGCCCAUACAGAAUGUGGAAGGUUAGCAGACGGGGGGACCCCAUCUAUGCAGCCUGCAGAAGUCCUCAUCCAGGAAGAGCUGACACUUUGGUGCUGGGGCUGCUCUGUGUUCACCAUAAGUAACUCCUCACCCAUGCUCUAUAAGGAAACACAUCUCCUUGGUUUGUCCAGCUAGACUUGAGCAGAACUGAACUUUGACCUGUUAUCAGUUCCUACCUGGGGUGAUUAGACAUUUGUAUUUCCCCAGGAGCACAUCAGUACCUCUGGUUUUGGUGUUGAUAUUAUGGUCCUAAGACAUAAUGUCCAAGUAAUAUGAUCAUCCUGAAGCAACAGCCGCUUAGCCAUCCCCCCCAGGCACAUUUUGAGAGAAUGAAUUAAAAAAAAAAUACUUGAAGCAUAUUAGAAGGGAAUCAACCUGGCAUAAAAUCAAGACGCUGAUUUUUUUUCCUGCCUACAUUGUAUCUAAGCCAUUUAAAAAAAUAUAGGUAAUUUAUAAGUACCUGUUUACAAAUUUCUUAAUGGGUUUAGAGCUAUAAAGGCCUUAGAGUUCAGUAAAUGCCUGUGAAGUUAAUGGAUGGGAAGUAUUGUAAAAGUGCACGUUACUUCACUUGUCUUCGGGGACCACAUGCAAGGUUCCACACUAGUUAUUUUUAAUGGUUCUAAUGCUGCUGGUGUGGAACUGUUUCCCCCUAGACAAAUAAAGACCGCAGUAACACCCACUUCACAGGGUGCUGUGAUCAGUGUUUCUGAAGGGCAGGAUUGGCAAACUACGCUAGGGGAAAGCCAGGCUGCUACCCACCUACACGUGGAAUGUCCACUAAAAGUAAUUAAAACUCUGAGACUGGGCCUCAUUCCCUAGGACAGGCAGGCCUUGAACUUAUGGCAAUCUGCCUGCCUCUGUCACCUGAGUGCUGAGAUCUUAGGGAUGAGCCAUCACUCUACCUGUAUUUUAUAAAUUAUAGAACCUGUAAAUAAACUUUUAUUAGAAUAUACCUGAGCUUAUUUGCUUACAGAUUGUGAUUGGUUGCUUUUAUUUUAUUGCAGCAAACCCAAAGGGCCUGAAUAAAGGCAGGAUAGGACUACAAAGCCUGUCUGUCACACUACCUGUCCCUGUAUGGUAACCUUUGAUCUAAGUAAUAGGAAACACUAAGUAACAGUAUUCUGUUAAAUCUUCAAGACCCUGCAUUUAACAGAUGACUUAGUCUAUUUUUGUUGCUAUAACAGAACUCCUGAGGCUGGUAAGUUUACAAAUAAAUAUACUCAGUUCUCAGUUCUAGAGGUCCAAGAGCAUACAGAACUGGCAUUGCGUUGGCACUGAUGGAUGCACUGCUGGUCCACAUGUGGAAGAAAAGCAGAUGUGAAUGUAGAUGUAUGUAGAAGCUAGGUAUCACAUGGUCAUGGUGUAGGCUGACCGAGGUUCAAAGGGCAGCUCUUGUAGUGACCAAUCUAGUACCAGUUUCUAGACAAAAACCUGAAUCCACUCAUUAAGUUCCUAUGACUUAAUUACCUCUUAAGUGUUCCACUGCCUUCUGACUCUGUUACACCGGGAAACAAGAGGGAACAAGAUUCUGGCACAUGAAUUUUUAAGGGACAAACCACAUUUAAAUAAUAGUAAGCACAAUUAGCAUCCUGAUAAGAAGUGGUAAAUAAACUAAGAUGCUAGCACAGGGAAAACCAGACUGCCUACAAGGCCUAUUCUUGAGGUCACUACAGAAUCAAUGAAGGGAGCAAUGUUGCUUGAAGAAGAAAAGUAAAGAGUAUGGAGAAGCCAAUGAUGCUGAAAUACGAUUGUGAAAAUAAACAAGAACAAGCAGAGAGGAAAUCAAGGAUAUCGAUAAAUGCAAAAUCAACAGGAAAACUCUAGAAAUGCUUUUCUUUAUAUGGCUAUCUUCUGCUUCUCAGGGAAGCCUGAAAAUACAUGUAUUUUGCUCACUUCAGUUGAUGAUAAAUACUAGACAUAUCUCUCAGGAUGAGAUCUGUCUAGAAAGCUGUUAUUGCAAAAAUUCUGUAUUAUAUUGAAAUAAAAGCUUUCUGCAACAAAGGAAAAAAUCAUUAGAUUUAACCUUUACAGUACAAAAUUUUAAGAAACACUGAAUAGAGUCCGUCCUGGUGUUCUAGUGUUGGGUAUGCAGCAAUGAAAGGGAAGCCUGUUUUUAUGGAAUUUGUCGUCAAGAUGACAAAUAUAAAGCCUGCUUGGCCCUACUCCUCUGUUCCUCAUGCACCUCUGAACAGUCUUUUCACAUUAGAUGAGCUGGCCUGCAUCUGGGAAUACUGCAAAGAACUGAGUCAACACUGGACCUGAAGAGGAAAAAGGGAAGCUAAAUGCUACCCUCUGAAGACAAAUAUUACUAUGGAGCAAUUCAUUUGACAAGGAAACAAAAUCUCUUGCUAUUACCCAAGUGAGUCUUUUCUGAUGAGACCCCUCCAGCCAUGGCAAAAUACUCAACCCUUCAGGUUACUUCAGCCUUGGCCACAAGUUCACCAUGAACUCAUGUGAGAGCGUACAUAAGAACUGCCUAACUCGGGCACAGUUGGUGCUUGUCUUACAGAAACUGAAUGUUUUGAUGCUAAAUAUUAGAGUGAUCCAAUACACUGUAAUAGAUAACAGUGAUAAAAAGCAAUACCUAGUAAGGACUUAAGAAACGGGGUAUUGCCGCACAUAUGUAGUAGAGGACUGCACUGUUUGGCCUCAGUGGGGAGAGGAUGUACCUAAUCCUCUAGAAUCUUGAUACCCCAGGAAGGGGCCGUGGGGGGGCACCCUCUCAGAGGCGAAGGGGAGGGGUAUAGGGAGAAGAACUCUGAGAUGGGGGACAGGGAGGGGUAACAUUUGGAUGUAAAUAAUAAUAAUAAUAAUAAUAAUAAUAAUAAUAAUAAUAAUAAAUGGGGUGCUGGCACUAUUUUUGACAAGACUCUAGAAAAGCCCCCAUAAAUGCAUUUGGGCAAAGGCUUACAAAGCAAGCUGGCAGUAAGAUGUUCAGGCAGAAUAGCGUAGCAAAGGAUUUCUAACACAGUACCAAAAAUGUACUUGCUUACUCUAUUAGAACGAUUGACAUCAUGUUUGAAGCAGGGUGAGUUAAGGGCAGGGACAGAACAGAGGAUGCGGUGGGGAUGGACAGUACGUGGUUUAAAUCUUAUUUAGAAUCAAAGAAAAGCCACUUGACCUUGAAUAAAAGGGAACAUGAUCUAAACCGAGUAAGAACAAUAAACUUUAUUGGAAGCUCCGGCACUGUUCAUUCUCCUUCAGCCAGGCAGUGCGGAUAUAUCCACGAAGCUUUUUAGAUUCACAUUUUUCUAAGAAACACUGCUCCGUAUAUGGGAAGUUAUAUAGGCAAAUCAGGCGAAUGAAAUAGGGGCAUUUAUGAACUGAUUCGAAUUGCUGCUGAUAUACACACGGGGACUCGAAAACUUCGUACCAACGAUGGAGUGUAAAACUUACCACAGAUUCUUUUAAACUUUUAGAUGCUGAAACAGCAUUUUGAUCAUUAAAAGCAACUUCACAUAGUUUGACUUUUUAUGUGGCUACUUGGAUUUAAAAUCUCCCAUGUGGCUCGGAUUAUAUUUUGUGCGACAGUGGCUAGGUCGUGCUUUUGGUGCCCUUCGAUGCAAAGGCCUGGGCUUGGGUCUGGAUUCCAGUUUCCGGCCACUAGGACAGCCGGCCAAGAGUCCGCAAGUCCCACGCGGUCGCCAGGUUGGAUAUCUCUUUCCAGAGGCGCGGGAGACAGUCUUAGGGGAUCCACCUCUCAAGAGACGUCCCAGCACUGUCCCAGGCACCCACGCCCUUCUUUCUCUCACAUACCCAUCCCUUUGAUCUCGUCACAGCACGUGACACAACCGCUAGACACAGUCUUGACCCGGCAUCAUCUUCCAGGAACACCCACCUCUGAUUGACAGGGCGGCCCCAGCAACACCCGGAGAGAAAUGAAGUUCUACCGUUUUCCGGGGCGUGGCCAAGGACGCAGGCGGGACUUCCUAGCCAGCUGUCAAUAGUUUCCUGCGUGUACCGGAAGUUCUCUCAGGGAAACCCCGGAAGCCAGAGUAGUGUGGCUCUUCGUACCUACAGGCGAAGGAGUGUUUUGGGAGCUUGUGAGACUAGAAGACUGAUCAAGACUAGAAGGUUCUCGGCUAGGUCGUCUCUUCCUUCCGGCCCGACAAUGGCGACGUACACCUGCAUCACCUGCCGGGUGGCGUUCCGCGAUGCGGAGAUGCAGCGGGCUCACUACAAGACCGACUGGCACCGCUACAACCUGCGGCGCAAGGUGGCUAAUAUGGCCCCGGUGACCGCCGAAGGCUUCCAGGAGCGGGUGCGAGCGCAGCGGGCGGUGGCGGAGGAGGAGAGCAAGGGCACGGCCACCUACUGCACCGUGUGCAGCAAGAAGUUCGCCACGUUCAACGCCUACGAGAACCACCUUAAGUCCCGGCGGCACGUGGAGCUGGAGAAGAAGGCGGUGCAGGCCGUGAGCCGCCAAGUGGAGAUGAUGAACGAGAAGAACUUGGAGAAGGGACUGGGCGUGGACAGUGUGAACAAGGAUGCCAUGAACGCCGCCAUCCAGCAGGCCAUCAAGGCCCAGCCUUCCACGUCUCCCAAGAAAGCGCCCUUCAUGCCCACGGACGAAUCCAGGAGGGUGGCGGGCGCGGUCCGACGGGGCACCCCGGAGCGAGACCCGACGGAGAAGCCGCCCCGGCUCCAGUGGUUCGAACAGCAGGCGAAGAAGCUGGCGAAGCAGCAGUGGGAGGAGAGUGAGGAGGAGGGAGAGGAAGACGACGAAGAUUGGGAAGAUAUUGAUUCCGAUGAUGGAUUGGAAUGUGAGAACCCUGGAGUGGAGGAAGAGGAUGCAGAAGAUGCAGAGGCUGAGGAGAGCCCACCCCUAGGUGCCAUCCCAAUAACAGACUGCUUAUUUUGUUCCCAUCAUUCAAGCUCCCUUGUGAAGAAUGUGGCUCAUAUGACUAAAGUCCACAGCUUUUUUAUUCCUGAUAUAGAGUAUCUUUCAGAUUUGAAAGGAUUAAUUAAAUAUUUGGGAGAGAAAGUUGGUGUUGGCAAAAUCUGCUUGUGGUGCAAUGAGAAAGGGAAGUCCUUCUAUUCCACAGAAGCUGUGCAGGCACACAUGAAUGACAAAAGCCACUGUAAGCUCUUUACAGAUGGUGAUGCUGCGCUGGAGUUUGCAGACUUCUAUGAUUUUAGGUGCCAGGGUGGGUCAUCGCUCCUUGAUGAGAUACUACAAACAACGAUUCGGCUUGCCAAGAGCUGUGACAGUUGCUAGAAAUCAAAAGGCUGUGGGCAGGGUCCUCCAGCAGUACCGAGCCCUGGGGUGGACGGGCAGCACAG